AUGGCAGCGUCAAUAACAAUUGGUCAUCCGUCAUUCUCGGCAUUCAAACCAUAUCUCCGACUUGCUAAUCAGACUGUCGAUAAUACAACGAGUAAUGAUGCUACUACGUACGUAACAACAGGUCUCGACAAAUCAAUUAGAUCUGCAAACGUAAAUGCAGUCACAAGGCGACGACAGCGGACAACUUUUACAACUGCACAAGCAGAUACAUUGGAAAAGGAAUACCUCACAGACCAAUAUAUGCCACGAAGUAGACGACUGCUAAUUGCUCGAUCAUUAGGUUUGAAUGAGAGUCAGGUAAAAACAUGGUUUCAGAAUCGUCGAGCCAAAGAUAAACGUAACGACAAAAAUGCUGUUCUACUCAGGCAUACCAAUUCAAAUACGUCUUCACCGCCGGGUUCAUCACCUGAGGUCAAUGAGAACAACGCUUCACUGAUUCAGCAGUUAUGUUCCAAAACAUUCAACCAUAUGCAGUUGACACUUCGAUGA